UUAUUUAAUUCCUACCAAUAGAUGCCUCUUCCAGUGUUUCCGGGAGAGUCUCUAAAUAAUCCUAUAAAUUGUCGAAACUGCUGUAAAAGAAAUGUUUACCCUUCUGUUGAUCAUGUGACUGUUAUCAUCACGUGCCCCAGAGCGCAUCGCUGUGUAAACCGCUGGCUGUCUUGUCAAACACAACCACCACAUUUUACAUUUAUCCGUCCGUGAAAAUGGAAGGACGUGCCAGAAGCAGAUCUCCAGGGAGGAGAUACGAUGGCGAAAGAGACCGACCGAAAAAGACAGGAGGAGGCUUCCGGUGGAAGGAGAAAAGACGCGACGAUGAUCACGGCGACGACCGCAGGUUAGACCGGGGAUACAGAGACAGAGGCGAUCGCGGAGACCGGGGACGUUCGCCACGAAGGGACAGGGACGGAGAUCGGUAUGGAGACAGACACAGGGAUAGCGAUCGCGAUCGAAGACGACCCGACGGCGACAAGGAGAAAGAGGAGCGCCGGGAAAGAAAGAGAGAGAAGAGGGAAAAGAAGGCCGCUGCAGCUAUGCCGCAAUCUUCAGAGCCGAUGAUUGUUGUCCAUGUCAACGAUCGUCUGGGAACGAAAGCUGCGAUUCCUUGUCUGGCGUCAGACCCGAUUAAGCUGUUCAAGGCCCAAGUUGCUGCCCGUAUCGGGCGCGAACCUCACGAGAUUCUACUUAAACGCCAGGGCGAGCGUCCCUUCAAAGACCAACUUACACUGGAGGAUUACGGUGUCUCGAAUGGUGUCCAAAUUGACCUUGAGGUUGGAACGGGAGAAUAAACACUCCAGACAUGAAACGAUCUGCGCAUUGCGAGCUUAUGCUUCUGCUCCCUUUUUAUAUUUGUAUCAAAAAUCAAUAAUCUGGAUCUGGAGCAAUGAGGAGUUCUUUAUCAGGAGUUCCUUUCCUUUCUUCUUUCUUUCUUGUUCUCUUAAUACUCUUGGAACGGAUAUUCCCAAAUGCAACCUCUCAUGUAUCUACCAGCAAAUGGAGACCCAUGCCCUCAUUGUAAAUCAGCAACUAGCUUUCCAUGGUGCCUUGUGCUACAUGCUGACCAUUUGCUGAUUGCUCUUUUGUUGCCUGGAUGAUGUUAUUUCCCUCGUUUUUCCUGCUUCGGCGGGGCUCUGGAGAAUGCAACGCCCGCACUAAGCCUGUUCCGGUAUGUUUCUGCCUGUUUUAUGAGGCUGCCACGGUAGACGCCCGAGGCAGGAAAAAAAACGUCCGGUUGGUUCCACUGCGAGAGGC